AUGGAUCAUCACGGGGGAGGUCUAGAAGAACAGAGAGCCUUACAGUUGGCGUUAGAACUGUCUCUGCUCGGUUUAACGGCGGAUAAUGACAUAUCCGCAAUAGGUAAUGGCUUCGACGUCGAAGUUCGCAACAAGAAGAGUCAGAACACGACGGAAUGUGUACCUGUACCAAGUUCGGAACAUGUGGCCGAGAUUGUAGGAAGACAAGGUUGCAAAAUAAAAGCUUUACGUGCCAAGACAAAUACUUAUAUAAAAACUCCCGUACGAGGUGAAGAACCGGUGUUUGUCGUCACGGGAAGGAAGGAAGACGUGGCGGCUGCUAAGAAAGAGAUUCUUUCGGCUGCUGAGCAUUUUAGUCAGAUUCGAGCGCAACGUAAGAAUAAUAUGAACGGUUCACUUGUUCCUGGGCCCAAUUCUAAUCUUCCGGGUCAAGAAACGAUCCAAGUAAGAGUUCCUUAUCGUGUGGUUGGCUUAGUAGUGGGUCCAAAGGGUGCUACAAUCAAAAGGAUUCAGCAACAGACCAAUACAUACAUUGUAACUCCAGGCAGAUACAAAGAACCUGUGUUUGAAGUUACAGGGAUGCCUGAUAAUGUUGAAAAUGCAAGAAAAGAAAUUGAAGCUCACAUUGCCAUGGUUACAGGUGGAAUGCUAGAUUCACAAGACUUAAAGGAUAUUUGUGUUAAUGACGUCGAUUACUCGUUCACAGUAAAUAUGAAUGCGGCAAAUGGAUUUAUUAAUUCUGUAUCAGAAUUAAAUUCCGGUUUUACUUAUGACAGCAAUAAUAUUCUUUCGGAACAUUCCCCAGACUUAUAUUCUUUUACAUCUCCAUCUUCCAAUGAAUCUGUGAAGUUAACAGAUAUAUAUUCCCAUUCGGUAUUUGCAAAUGGUUUUACAAAUAAUUUUGGUUUUUAUGAUACUGACGAAUCUCAUAAUUAUGACUCUGUUGUUACCAUAUCUUCUAGUACAGCUUGGUCAGAAUUUGAUACUUCUCCAGACACAUUAUUCAGCACAGCAGCUUCUACAAGCACUAGCACAACAUUUAGUAACUUGAAUCAUUGCAGUGAUCCAUCUACAAUUCAGAGUUGUGAAGACGCUUCUCGCAUCCACACCGAUGCGUUGAAUGGCAGCAUAUCUUCUUUUCCAUCACUUUCAAAUGGAACAUCCGUGGGCACAAAUGAAAUUCUUAUCAAUAGUUUUCCUACAAAUUCUAGUGGUAGUUCUGAUAGCAACGCAAGCAGUCCUACUGAAGGAAGAAAAAUAAAGAGAGACUGUGUUGUAUGCUACGAAAGUGAAGUAGUGGCAGCACUCGUUCCCUGUGGUCACAAUAUGUUUUGUCUCGAAUGUGCCAAUCGUAUCUGUGAAAAGCCAGGCUCAGAAUGUCCAGUAUGUCGUCAGUUAGCAUCUCAGGCUAUCAGAAUCUAUUCUUAA